GUAAAAAAUUAAGUGCCAGCCACCCUGGUUUACGCAGCCGGAAAAAGAAAAAAGAAAAGCGAAGAAGCUGUCUUGGCUGCCUCACAUAGACUUGCAGUUUUGUGUGUGAGAAAAAAAGAAGCAUGCCUGCCGAAAUUGAGAAGGCUGCCGAAGACAAGCCGACGGACAACAAAACCACGGAGGAAGUCCCCCAAACUACCGUGACUUUAGAGAUCCUGCAAAUCAUCAAGGAUGCUCAACAGAAACAUGGUUUGCGACAUGGGGACUACCAGCGCUAUAGGGGCUAUUGCAGCCGGCGCCUUCGCCGCCUGCGCAAGUCGCUGCACUUUGCGCAAGGCAGCAAGCACCGCUACCAGGGCAAGGAGGUGACGGACGAGCAGCUGUCCGGGGGAGAGUCCCGCUUCCUACUGUUGCUGGUGGUGCAGUGCGAGCGUGCCUGGGCCCAUGCCAUGCAACUGCGCCAGGAGGCCAACACGGAGCCCCGCAAGCGCUUCCACCUCUUCGCCCGGCUCAAGAAGGCCGUCAAGCACGCGCAGGGGCUUGCAGCCCUCUGCACGGCGUCACCCCGGUGCGACGCGCGCUGCAAGCUCGAGGCACAGGCGUACAGCGCGCACCUGUGCGGCACGCUGUACACGGAGCAGCAGCAGUGGAAGGAAGCCAUGGAGUGCCUGCACCAGGCCCAGACCAUCUAUGAGAAGCUGUCCCAGGCCCUGGGGGAGAGCCAGCGCCUGCUCUACCAGCAGCGGGUGGAGGAGCUGGCCCCUUCUCUGCGCUACUGCGCCUACAACAUCGGCGACCAGUCGGCCAUCUCCGACCUCAAGCGCAUGCGGCUGCAGGGAAACGUUGGCAUGGCCACCGAACUGGACCACCUGAUAGCGCAAACGCGGGAGAAGCAGGCGAGCAGCCUGUCGGAGGUGUCGUGGCUGGGGCGGGUGGUGCCCGUGCGCCAGGAGAAGGUGCGGCUGUUCCUGCUGGCCCACCAGGAGGCCCCCAAGGAGCUGGCCCAGGCACCGGACACCGAGGCCAAGAUCGCCGUGCACGAGCGCCUGCUCAUGGACUGCAAGGACUCCUUGCAGCUGCUGCGGGAGGAGCUGCGGGCGGAGGGCGGUGCGGGCGCCAAGGGUCCCGUGAGCAGCCUGCAGCUGCUGCACUCGUACCUGUGCUACCUGCGCCAGCGCACGACCGUGGAGCGCAACCUUCUGCUCAUCCGCCAGGUGCAGGAGGGGGCUACCAAGUGCAAGCCCCAGGACCUCGUUAGGCCCUACGAGAUCAUCGUCCAGAACCUGUCGGAGAUGCUCCAGCUGCCGGGGGUGGAGGAGGGCUCCGAGUUUGCGGAGCGGGUACAGGCGGAGCUGCUGCUCUACAAGGCCCACCGGGUCCACCACAUUGGCCAGGCACUGGCUGCCGUGGGGCGCUACCCGGAGACCAUGGCCCUGUACCGCAGGGGCCUGGCCUACGUGCAACAGGCCCUGGCGUACGAGCACAACCUGGAUAAGGAUGCCGUAGCUUCCCUGAAGGAGCUGGCCGGACUGCUGGAAGGACAGGAGUACUCGAUCCACGCGCAGAGCAUCCUGGGUUCGACCGCCGAAACGCCCGCCGCAGAGGACAAGGACACCAAGCUGCUCGUGGAUCGGCUUGACACGUAUUUGGAAGACAAGAGCCUGGGGACGUCCAAGCCGCGCCUCGCCUCCUUCCCGCCGUCCUUCGAGCCGAUCGCGUGCAAGCCACUCUUCUUCGACCUGGCGCUGAACCACAUGGAGUUCCCGUCGCUCGAAGACGUGGCCGACACCAAGAAGAACCAGGGCCUGACUGGACUGGUCAAGGGCUGGCUCGGAGGCUGGAACAAGUAGCCGUAGGCACUGCAGCCCAUGGGUGGUACUUUGCGCCGGGACGAACUCGGACGUCCUCUUUUUUGGAAUAAAAAAAACAUUGACCGAGCCGGA